CCCGAGCCCGGCGGAGCCGCGCAGCCCCGCGCCCGGCGGAGCAUGGCGGAGCGGCGCUGGCUGCUGGCGCUGCUGCUGCUGCUGCUGCUCUGCCUCGCCCUGGCCGCCGCCGCGGGGCCGGUGCCGGAUGGGACGGGUCCGGAGCAGGGCCGCAUCCGAACCCUGGUGCGGCCGCGGGGUGCGCGGCGCGGGGCCGGGCAGCGGGCGGGCGGGUGGCGGAGGCUCCGCCGGCCCCGGCCCCGGCUGUCCCACAAGGGCCCCAUGCCCUUCUGACCCAGGGUCGCCACCAGCCCUCCAGGGACGCGUGCCCCGCUGCCGGCCCUGCUCCCUAGCCCGGUCUGCUCGGCCCUGAGCCCCGUGCGUGGGGGUCCCACCCGUGAGCCCCGGGCUGGCGUCACCUCCACCGCCGUGGCUGGCCCCCGGGCCAUGUCCCGUGGGUGCCGCCGGGUCCCCUCGCCGCCUCCCGGGCAGCUCACGGCAGAGCUGGGGCGCUGCCCCCGUGCCCCGUUCCCGGCUCGCCGGGUCUGCGGGCUUUGCGCAAAGCACUUUGUCGGGCGGAGGAGCUCCCUGCGGCCCCGCAGGAGCCCUGCCCCGUCCCCGUCGCCCACCUGCCCCGGCAGCGUGGCUGGGGAGGGUCUAUUUAUUCUCGUGGUGCUAACCCCGCGUGAGCUGCCCUCCCCUCCCUGGCGGCAGAGCCACCUCUGCGGGACCCCCGGGGCGUGGGGUGCCCACCCGUGGGGUGCCUGUGGGGGGGUCUCUGUGUGAAGCACUAACGUAUGCCAAAGGAGGGCCUUAGUCGUGGUGCCGGGCCCUGUCGGUCACCGUGUCUCUCGUGUCUGUAAAGAUUUGUUCUGUGUAAAUACAUCUUUAUAAUAAAGAGCUAUGAUGACAAUAAACACUUGUUUUUGGCG